CGCCCACUUGUGGCUCCCAGGCGCCGCCAAGAUGAGCCGCGCCUUUGCCGCCUCUGCUAAGGACGCCGCCCGAUAGGAGGACCGAAGGCUGAUGACACCAGGGCUCUGUCUCCCGAGUGAUGGCAGCGCGCGCUGCCUCGCCGCCUCCGCCGCUCAGCCCUGGGCUCCUUACGUCAGGGUAGCUGGGUGCCCCCUCCGCGCGGGAGCCGGCGAGCAGCGGGAGAGCGGAGCAGAGCGCGCCACGGAGCUCGGGCGUCCUCGCUGCGCGCCGAGGCCAGCCGAGUCCUGCGAGCGCCCGGAGUCCCGGUGAGCCGACCAGGAGGCAGUGCCGUCGACCCCGCGCGGGACGCCCCAUCCGCACACGCCUCUCUCCGCCGCCGCCUCCGGGACCGGUGGGGCGCUGGGCUGGUCCUGUACGCCCCCCACGAUGCGCGCCGGGCUCCGCGGCUCAUCCGAGCAGCACCAGCGCGGUGCACACCGGCGCCUGUGCUCGGGCGCCUCUCGUUGAAGUAGUUGAACGCCCUGAGCAGAGGGUCGCCACGUCGGGGGUGCGGCCGGGACCCGCGGAAUCGGCCCCCGAGCGCGGGGAGCGGGGCCGCCCGCGCCGCCUCAACAUUACCUCCCCGGGCGGCAAGGAGGAGCUGGUGGCGGUCGCCUCCCGGCUGUGGCAGCGGCGGCGGCGCGCCUGCCUGGCGGCCGUCGGCGUGCUCCUGGCCAUGGCGCUGGGGCUGCUCAUCGCCGUGCCCUUGCUGCUGCAGGCGGCGUCCCCCGGCGAGGCGCACUACGAGAUGAUGGGCACCUGCCGCAUGAUCUGCGACCCCUACACCGCCGCACCCGGUGGGGGCCCCGCAGGAGCCAAGGCGCCGCCGCCUGGACCUAGCACUGCCGCCCUGGAAGUCAUGCAGGACCUGAGUGCCAACCCUCCGCCCCCUUUCAUCCAGGGACCCAAGGGCGACCCAGGGAGACCCGGCAAGCCCGGGCCGCGGGGCCCCCCUGGAGAGCCGGGCCCUCCUGGUCCCAGGGGUCCCCCGGGUGAGAAGGGCGACUCGGGCCGGCCCGGGCUGCCGGGCCUGCAGCUGACUGCGGGAGCGUCAGGUGGUGUCGGGGUGGUGGGUGGCGGAACUGCGGGCGGCGGCGACUCUGACGGAGAAGUGACCGGCGCGCUGAGUGCCGCCUUCAGCGGUCCCAAGAUCGCCUUCUACGUGGGUCUUAAGAGCCCCCACGAAGGCUACGAGGUUCUCAAGUUCGACGACGUGGUCACCAAUCUCGGCAAUCACUACGACCCCACAACCGGCAAGUUCAGCUGCCAGGUGCGCGGCAUCUACUUCUUCACCUACCACAUCCUCAUGCGCGGCGGCGACGGCACCAGCAUGUGGGCGGACCUCUGCAAGAACGGGCAGGUUCGGGCCAGCGCCAUCGCGCAGGACGCCGACCAGAACUACGACUACGCCAGUAACAGCGUGGUGCUGCACCUCGAUUCAGGAGACGAGGUGUACGUGAAGCUGGACGGCGGAAAGGCGCAUGGAGGCAAUAACAACAAGUACAGCACAUUCUCUGGCUUUCUUCUGUACCCGGAUUAGGGGCGCAGGAAGCGCGAGGUGGGGGUGGCGUCAGGCCGUCCUACGCCCACCGGGGCUUGCUGCUCCAUGGCUAGGACCACUCUUGUUUCAUGACACUUCUUGACAUCGUUGGAAAAGACACAUCCCCGCUAUCCUCCCCGCCCUGCCCCUAACUUCAGUACUUCCGCGACUCACUACGCCCCGGGCUGUGCUCCUGGUUCCUGUUCCCAACCCGGAGAGGGAAGGAGGGUCGCCCAAGCGACUAAAGGAGCCUAAAUCCCGGCGGCCGCGGCGGCGGGGGCAGUGGCUGCGGCAGACUUUACAAGCCUGACUGGAAUGAAUAGGCCUGGCCAGACACCUGCCCUCUUCCAGCCUCCCCUCCUCCUCCGACUGCCCUGACGCCACGGGCUUCCAGCCCUGGCUGUUUGCGUAGGCCAAAGUGAGCAUGAGCUCCCCUGGGGCAUCCUUCUUUGUGACCCGAAACACUUGUGCAGAUUUUCCUGUCCAUUAGCCAAAAACCACCCACAGCAGAAACCCAGCAAAAGAAAAUCCACCUCUCCACCGCACUCCUGACUCAGACCCACCGCGACGCAUUAAAUUAUGUUUUUAGACUGUG